ACUAUUAAUUUCUAUUUAAAGGUUUAUUCUCAAUUUAAUUUAAUAUAAUAAUAGUAAUAGUCUUGUUUCCUAGUUUGUUUCUAUAUAGAAAGAAUCGGACCGGUUGACCUUAGUGCAGUAGCUGCAAUCAUUUUCUGAUUUUCCCAUUUCUAUUACAAUCUCAUCACUCAAUUAUCUUAUGGCGGCCGCUGUUGUUGGUGAAGCUUUUCUCUCUGCUUUCAUUGAAGUUCUCCUUGACAGACUUGCUUCUCAUCAGGUUCUUGACUUGAUCCGUGGGAAGAAACUUGACAUCAAUUUAGUCCAAAGGUUGAAGAACACUCUUUACGCUGUUGAGGCUGUGCUCAACGAUGCUGAACAGAAGCAGAUUCAUGACUCUGCUGUUAACAAAUGGCUUGAUGAUCUCAAAGAUGCUCUCUAUGUUGCUGAUGACCUUCUUGAUCGGAUUUCUACUAAAGCUGCAACUACUCAGAAGAACAAAGAGGUCAGUACUGCUAACUACUUUUCUCGCUUUUUCAACUUUGAGGAAAGGGAUAUGGUUUGUAAGCUGGAGGAUAUAGUUGCUAGGCUUGAAUACAUUCUCAAUUUCAAAGAUAUUCUUGGCCUUCAACAUAUUGCAACUCAUCACUCAUCAUGGAGAUCUCCAUCAACCUCUUUACAAGACAGAUUUACCGUAUUUGGUAGGGAUCAAGACAAAGAGGCCAUACUCAAAUUACUGUUAGAUGAUGAUAAUCAUAAGGAUGGAAUUUCUGUGAUCCCUAUAGUUGGUAUGGGUGGAGUGGGAAAAACUACUUUAGCUCAAUCUGUGUACAACCAUGAUACUAUAAAGCAGAAAUUCAAUGUUCAAGCAUGGGCUUGUGUUUCUGAUCAUUUUGAUGAAUUGAAUGUUGCAAAGGCCAUCUUGGAGUCAAUUGUGGGGAAUGCUUGUAGCACAGAUAACAAAGAGUUGCUUCAUCGUGAUUUGAAGGAAAAACUAGCUGGAAAAAAGUUCUUAAUUGUUUUGGAUGAUGUAUGGACCGAGGAUUAUGACGGCUGGAAUUCUCUUUUAAGGCCUCUUCAAUACGGAGCUAAAGGAAGUAAAAUUCUUGUAACAACCCGUAUCCAAAAAGUUGCUUCUAUGGUUCAAACUUUUCAAGAUUACUCUCUUGAGAAAUUGUCUGAUGAAGAUUGUUGGUCAGUGUUUGUAAACCAUGCAUGCCUUUCUCCAGAAGAAUUCAGUGAGAAUAAGAAUCUCCUUAGAAUUGGCAAAGAGAUUGUUAGAAAAUGCAAGGGAUUGCCUUUAGCAGCACAAUCACUUGGGGGCUUGUUGCGAAGUAAACGUGACAUCAAGGAUUGGGAUAAUAUACUAAAUAGUAACAUUUGGGUAAAUGAGAGUAAGAUCAUUCCAGCACUAAGAAUUAGUUAUCAUUAUCUCCCUCCUUAUUUGAAACGCUGCUUUGUUUAUUGUUCCUUGUAUCCUAAGGAUCAUAAAUUUUUUAAAGACAAGUUGAUUUUAUUGUGGAUGGCUGAAGAUCUUUUACAACCUCAAAAAAACGGGAAGACUUUAGAAGAAGUUGGUUAUGGGUAUUUUGAUGACUUAGUUUCAAGAUCGUUUUUUCAACAUUCUGGGAAUAAGAAUCAGAGUUUUGUGAUGCAUGAUCUGGUGCAUGAUUUAGCGAUAUUGCUAGGUGGAGAUUUCUAUUUCAGAACAGAAGAACUCGGGAAAGAAAUGAAGAUCGGUACCAUGACCCGUCAUUUAUCAUUUAGAAGCUUCAGUGGUCAAGUCUUUGAAAGCUUUGAUAUUUUUGACCGAGCAAAACAUCUUAGGACGUUUUUGACAAACUAUUUUAAACCCCCUCCUUCCAAUAUCGAAAAGGCAUCAUGCAUCAAUUUAUCCACGUUGAAGAGCUUGAGAGUUUUGUCAUUUCACAACUCUCCAUAUCUUGAUGCAUUGCCCGAUUCGAUAAAUGAACUGAUCCAUUUGCGUUACUUGGAUCUCUCAGCCACGACAAUUAAAACAUUACCAGAGUCAUUGUGUAAUUUGUAUAAUCUACAAACGUUGAGGUUGCACAAUUGUCGAGAACUAACCUGGCUUCCCAAUGACAUGCAAAAUCUUGUAAAUUUGCGCCAUCUUGAUAUCCGUGGAAAUCGUAAGUUAGAAGAAAUGCCUGUUGGAAUGAGCAAAUUAAAUCAGUUGCAUUAUUUAAGUUACUUUGUUGUGGGAAAACAUGAAGAGAACGGGAUCAAGGAACUGGGGACACUUUCAAAUCUUCACGGAUCACUUUCCAUUAAGAAAUUAGAGAAUGUUACCAACAGCUUUGAAGCAUCAAAGGCAAAGAUAAUGGAUAAGAAGUACCUUGAAGAAUUAUCGUUUGUAUGGUCUCGAGAUGCAAAGGACGAUUUUAAGAAUUCACAAUGCGAGAUGGAUAUACUUGGAAAUUUACAACCUACCAAGAACCUGAAAAGGCUAGAUAUUGAUGGAUACAGGGGCACAAAAUUUCCAGAAUGGGUUGGAGAUCCUUCCUACCAUAAUUUGACUGAUUUAUCUUUCUAUAAUUGUCAUAAUUGUUGCAUCCUGCCCCCACUAGAACAACUACGCUCUCUUAAGAAAUUGAGAAUUAGUAGAAUGAGUAUGAUCGAGAUUAUUGGAUCUGAAUAUGGUGAUUUUUUUUCAGAGACACUUUUUCCUUCCCUUGAACGUCUUGAGUUCCGUGACAUGCCUUGUUGGGAAGUGUGGCAUCAUCCCCAUGAAUCAGCUGCUCCCUUCCCUAUAUUGAAGACCCUUUUGCUUAUUGGUUGUCCUAUAUUACGGGGAAAUUUGCCAUCUCAUCUUCCUGCUUUGGAAGUACUUGUGAUUGAACAAUGCUACCAACUUGCUUCUUCUCUCCCAAGGUCCCUUGUCAUAACUAAACUAGAGGUUUCUGAAAGCAAUAAAGUAGCACUACCAGAGCUACUACCACUUUCAUUAACAGAGUUAAAAACUCAAGGAAGAGCGGUAAUAGAGUCCGUGUUUGAAGCCUUCAGAAUCACCUUACCAACUUCUCUUCAAAAUUUAUACAUUGAGAAUUGUUCAUCUGCAAUAUCAUUUCCGAGAGAUUGUUUGCCCACAUCCUUGCAUUACCUGACUAUUAGGAAUUGUGAAAAUCUAGAUUUCCCAAUGCAAAACCACCAACUCGAGUCACUUGUGUAUUUGUAUAUAAAAAGGAGUUGUGAUUCUCUUAGAACCCUCCCACUGGAAACCUUUCCAAAUCUUCGAUAUCUGGAAAUCAGAAACUGUGAAAACAUAGAAAAUCUUUCUGCUUUGAAGAAUCUUCAAAAUCUCGCUGAUAUUAGGAUUAGAGGCUGCCCCAAUUUUGUAUCAUUCCCAAGAGAGGGAUUGUCUGCGCCAAACUUGAAUACAUUGCAUGUCUCCUGCUGCGUUAAUUUAAAGUCACUUCCUUGUCACAUACAUACUCUUUUCCCAAUGUUAGAAAAUGUGACAAUAGAAGAUUGCCCAGAAAUUGAGACUUUUCCAGAAGGGGGUAUGCCGCCUAGCUUGAGAAAACUUCAGAUCUUGAAUUGUGAAAAAUUAUUGAGGAACCCGUUGCUAACUUUGUUGGACAUGCUUACCCAUCUUUCCAUUACUGAUGGUUCUGAGUCCUUCCCCAAGGAGGGUUUUGCGAUGCUACCUCCCUCCCUUACCUCCCUUACGCUAUGCAAAAUGUCAAAUUUGUUCACUGUGGAGUGUAGGGGGAUUCUCCAUCUCACAUCCCUCCAAAACUUUGAAAUUAAAAGCUGUCCCAAGCUGGAGAAUAUGGUGGGAGACAGACUACCUGCUUCUCUGCUAAAACUUCAAAUAUAUGAAUGUCCUCUGCUGGAAGAACGGUGCCGCAUGAAACACCCGCAAAUCUGGCCCAAACUUUCCCACAUCCCAAACAUUAAGCUUAACAGCAGUUGGAUUUAUUAAGCUUGAACUUGGAUUUUAAAUUGUUUGCUGUACAAGGUCGUAUGGGUGGUUGUUUGUAAAAAAAGGCCGUAUGGGUGCAUGCAGAUUCACAACAAACAUUUUUUCAUAUUUACAGGAGUUAGCAAAGAUGCAAAGAUCCACCACUUUUUUCACAGGCCUUCUUAAGCAUACACAUCAGGAGCAAGGAAAAGAAGAAAGGUUUGCACCAAUGAACAAGGAAGUGAAACAAGAUGGCGCAAGACAGGGAGAACCAGAGAGUUUUGUGCCAAUGAUGUUGUGAUGAAGAGUUUUAAUCAACUUCUAUGGUUUGAGAUUAAGAGCAUAGAGAAUAUGGUGUAACAAGGUAGAUUGGUGUGGGAAUAAGGUAGAUAGAAGAAGAAAAAAGGGCUAUCUAUUCAAGUUUUAAGGAGGACCAAACUCAUGGUGUUCUAAAAAAACAACUCGUGAGUAUUCAAGUUACGAAGCUAAUUAUACUGCAGGGUCACUAGCAAUAUGUCAAACAAAUUGGUUGCAAUCAUUGAUAAUGGAUGGAAGAAUGAUGAUAAUUUUGAAGUCAAGUUAAUGAUUGACAACAAUUAUUUCAUUAACCUAGAAAAAAAAACCUUAUCUUCCAUGUGAACAGUAAGCACAUUGAAAUAAGUUUUAUUUUUUUU